AUCGAGUAACGCGGAGAGUUUGAUUUCCGAUGUGCCAUGGCGGAUCCCAGCGUUUUGCGAGCAGAGCUGCUGCGACGCCUCAAAGAGGGCGAGAGCUGCCGCUUGGUGCUGGGCCCCUGCCCAGCAGAACUUUUGGCGGAUGAGGAGUUGAUGCUCAAGUGUUUGGAGUUCAACGCCUACGUCGUUGAGUACCUGCCAGCCGAGCUGCUCGAAAAGAGGGAAAUAUGGCUGCGAGCAGCCAAGCAGAACUUCAAUGUCUUGAGGCGGUGCCCGGCGCUGCUGCUUGAUGACAAGGAGUUUGCACUGCAGCUGGUCGAAGUGGAGCCCAUGUCCCUGAAGUUCCUGAAGGGAAACGACAAGGAGGUGGUGCUUCAUGCUUUGGAGGGCUCAGGCCUCGCUCUGGAAUUUGCAGAUGAUUCUUUGCGUGCCGACAGAGAUGUAGUGAGAAAAGCGGUGCAGAAGGAUGGCCUUGCCCACGCCUUUGCUUCGGAAGACUUGCGAAGGGAUGAGGAGCUGGCGCUGGCUGCCCUGAAGAGCAGCACGGCGGUCAUCCGCAUCUUGCCAGAAUCUCUGUCAAGAAGUAUGAGCUUUUUGCUUCAAGCUGCCAACGCCGGCGGCAGCAGCAUCCUUCGAUUUCUGCCAGAAUACGCUGCGGACAAGGUGUUUGUCCAGCACGUCCUCAAGUUCGACUGCACAGCGCUGGCCCACUGCCCCCAGCUCAUGCACGACCCAAACCUGCAGCUGGCGGCGCUGGAAGCGGGCGGAGCCCAGGGUGCGGCAGCACUGGAGCUCGCGCCAAAAGAGCUUCGAGAAGAUCGCAGCUUCCUGUUGCGUGCGGCCAGGAUCAGCCCCCAGGCGCUCCGCUUAGCCCCAGAGGAGCUGCAAAGAGAUCGCAGCUUUGUGCUGGAGGCAGUGAGAGCCAGGGGUGCUGCGUUGCAGUUCGCGCCGUUCGAGCAUCGGAAUGAUCCGCAGCUGGUCAUGGAAGCCGUGAAGCAGGAUCUUGGAGCUUUGGCGUUUGCAGACACCUCGCUUCGCAACAACGGCCGAUUCAAAGAGGAGAUCGCCCUCUUGCAGCAGGCCAUCCAUGUCACUUAGUCUGCGAGACUCUGGAAUGUCUCACCAUCGUGAAGGC